AACCCAAGCUCGUCACUGCCCAUAGCCAUAGCUUCGCACUUCAACAACCGCCCGUAUAUUCCACCCCCACCAAACACCACAACACCGUAUACUCGACUCCUCAGUAAUCCGGCCACCCACCGCCAUCAUGUCGCAAGUCCACGCCCUCUCCGACGACCAGGUCGCCGGCGAGCUCAAGAAGAUGACGGCCUUUAUCCGGCAGGAAGCCAUGGAAAAGGCAAACGAGAUCCGGCUCAAAGCCGACGAGGAGUUUGCAAUCGAAAAGUCCAAGCUCGUGCGCCAGGAGCAGGCGUCCAUCGACUCGUCGUACGAGAAGAAGUUCAAGCAGGCGAGCAUGUCGCAGCAAAUCACCCGCUCCACCGUCUCCAACAAGAGCAGAUUACGCAUCCUGUCCGCCCGCCAGGAGCUGCUCAACCGCCUGUUCGAGGACGCCGAGAAGAAGCUGGCCGACGUGUCAAAGGAUCAGAGCAAGUACCAGGGUAUCAUGAAGGCCUUGAUCCUCGAGGGUGCAUAUGCUCUUAAUGAGGAUAAGCUGCAGGUCAAGGUGCGCAAGGCGGAUAAUGACCUCACCAAGAAGGCCAUCGAAGAGGCCCAGACCGAGUACAAGAAGCAGAUUGGAAAGGAUGUCUCAAUCACUAUUGACGAGAGCGACCCGCUGCCAGAGGGAUCUGCUGGAGGCGCCAUCAUUGUCGGCACAAACGGCCGCAUUGACAUCAACAACACGCUACAAGAACGAUUGAAGCUGCUCGAAUCCCAGGCCCUACCCUCCAUCCGAGUUACGCUAUUUGGCGAGAAUGAGAACAGAAAGUUCCACGACUAAGAGAGGGGUAGUAUGGGAGAGGGGUUUUGUAACGACUGUGGUGCCUAGCGAUUCGUGUUUUCAUCGACGUGGCAUGAGUGUGAAUGCGUCUACGGGCAAGGAACAGUUUGCAGUGCAGACUGACUGUAUUAUGCGAGACGUCUGUAACUACUCGAAGUUUAGCGGACAUGCAUAUGUCGUACAUUCAUCGCUAUUUGCAAGACAUGUCCAUGUUUAA